UGUUAGCACUCGUUGACUUCCGGGCUAAAAACAUGGAAGGAGGACGAGCUAAUGUCACCUAAUACGAUAAAAAACUAGGAAUGUUUCUUUAAAAUAAUAUUUUUUUUUCUAACUUGCCCGCUGUUAUACGUUAGUAGAGGUUGUAUCGGAAUAUUUUGUAGCUUUUCUUAACUGUCUGUCGCUGUGUUGAGUUAGACGGCGAGCUAAAGCAAGCUAACUGCUAGCAUCUCAAAACAAAUGUUGCUUUAGCUCGAUACAAUUCCUGUAAAAAUGUCUAAAAUCUGACUUAUUUUCAACAGCAAUUGGUUAAUUUUACGAGCCGAAUGAACAAAGAGACUAGUUUAGGUAAAUUCUGUCACUCUUUGUCGCACUUUUUCAAGAAGUUCUUGAACUUUGCCACUAUGCGACGACUUUUGACGAGAGUUAUAAACAGAGUUUUGCUAUAUGAACCGUUCAAACCAACGAUGGGCAUCGAGGCGGAAAUACACACAGAAGGCCGCCGGAAAAUGGUGGUGGGUCUGGGUAACCCGGGGAUGGACGGUACCAGACACAGCGUCGGCAUGGCGGUGCUCGGAGCGCUCGCUGCCCGGCUCGGCGUGGCGGACCGUUGGCGCGGCGACAAGUACGUGUCGGGUGAGGUCAUCCUGUCCGAGGUCCAGCAGACCAACGUGGUGCUGCUUCGUCCCAGGAUGCUGAUGAACGUCAACGGGGUGUCGGUGGCCAAAGCAGCUGGUAAAUUUGGCGUCAAGCCUGAAGACAUCCUUCUGGUCCACGACGAGCUCGACAAACCUCUGGGGAAAAUCGCCGUCAAACAUGGAGGAAGCGCCCGAGGUCAUAACGGAGUUCGAUCCUGUGUAGACUGUCUUCAAACUGACGUGAUGCUCAGACUUCGGGUCGGAAUCGGUCGGCCGACGGGGAAAACGUCGGUGGAGCGUCACGUCCUGAGCCGGUUCACCUCCGAGGAGAUGAAGGUUCUGGACCAGGUUCUGGUUCAGAGUGUGGACCUCAUCCUGUCUCAGGUCUCCCAGCAGGACGCCCAGUUCCCCUCCUCACCAGCAGGGGGCGGACUAGCAGCACCGAAGAGGAAGCAGAGCUCGGCCUCCAGCGCUGAAGAACCUGCUGCUGCUUCAAGGAGGAAACAUGAACCAGAUGUUUAUUCUCUGAAGUGAAAACUCACCUUUUAAGUGGCAGGAAAAAGACUCAAAACAAGAGAAAAAAACAUUGAAAGACUGAGACUUUAUGUGAAUAUUUAAAUAUGUUUUCACUCAGAAAGUUGGGAACUGAUUUCAAUAAAGUUGUGUGGACAGCU